AGAAGCUCGUGUCACGUGACCAGAAACGUCACCGAUUCAAUGGCAGCCUACUGUUUUGUAAAUUAACACAAGGAACAGCUGUAUAAAAUAGUGUUUUAAACGACAGAAUCACAUUUCUAAGACGCUGCCAUGUCUCCAAAGAUCACGGUGGAGCUGCUGCGGCAGCUACGGCAAGCCAUGAGGAACACCAAAUACAUCGCUGAGCCCAUCCAGGCCUACAUUGUCCCCUCUGGAGACGCACACCAGAGUGAAUACAUCGCGCCAUGUGACUGCAGACGUGAAUUCAUUUGUGGCUUCAAUGGCUCCGCAGGCACGGCUAUAGUGACAGAGAAGCAUGCAGCCAUGUGGACAGACGGACGGUACUUCCUCCAGGCCAGCCAGCAGAUGGACAACAACUGGACCCUCAUGAAGAUGGGUCUGAAGGAGACUCUUAGCCAGGAGGACUGGCUGAUCAGUGUUCUGCCUGAGAACUCUACAGUAGGAGUGGACCCCUGGAUCAUUGCUGCUGACCAGUGGAAGAACAUGUCUAAGGCCCUGGCCAGUGCAGGCCACUCCCUGGUGGCUGUUCAGGACAACCUGAUAGAUGCCAUCUGGAUGGACCGUCCAACCAGACCCUCCACUCAGCUCAUCACCCUGGGCCUGGGGUUCACCGGUCUGACCUGGCAGGACAAGAUGACCGCUCUAAGAUCCAAGAUGGCCGAGAGGAAGAUCUCCUGGUUCGUUGCCACGGCGCUGGAUGAGAUUGCAUGGCUGUUCAACCUCCGUGGCUCUGACAUCGAGUACAACCCUGUUUUCUUUGCGUAUGCCAUCGUUGGAAUGAACACAAUAAGGCUCUUCGUGGAUGUCAAGCGUCUGGCCGAGCCGACGGUGAGGGAGCACCUUCAGCUUGACACGCCCUCUAAGGCGGAGCUUAGCGUCCAGACUGCCCCCUACGAGUCUGUGUUCACCGAGCUGCAGGCCGUGUGUGCCUCCCUGGGGCCCAAGGAGAAGGUGUGGAUCAGCGACAAGGCCAGCUGCGCCCUCACGCAGGUCAUCCCCAAGGCCCACCGGUCUCCUGUCCCCUACACUCCUCUCUGCCUCGCCAAAGCUGUCAAGAACGCCACCGAGAUUCAAGGGAUGAAAAUGGCCCAUAUCAAGGAUGCUGUCGCCCUUUGUGAGCUCUUCGCUUGGUUGGAAAAAGAGAUUCCAAAAGGCACAGUGACUGAGAUCUCUGCAGCAGAUAAGGCCGAGGAGUUACGCAGCCAACAGAAAGACUUUGUCGGGCUCAGUUUUCCAUCCAUUUCCAGUGUUGGACCAAACGGGGCAAUCAUUCAUUACAGUCCCCUCCCUGAAACCAACAGAACUCUCUCUUUAAAUGAAAUCUACCUCCUUGACUCUGGAGCCCAGUAUAUUGACGGAACAACAGACGUCACCCGCACCAUGCACUUUGGAUCCCCCUCUGCUUAUGAGAAGGAAACCUUCACCUAUGUUCUGAAGGGACAUAUAGCCGUCAGCGCUGCCAUUUUCCCCAACGGAACCAAAGGCCACCUGCUGGACUCGUUUGCCCGCCAGGCGCUGUGGGAGUCUGGGCUGGACUACCUCCAUGGUACGGGCCACGGGGUGGGAUGUUUCCUCAAUGUCCACGAGGGACCCUGUGGCAUCUCCUACAAGACCUUCGCCGACGAGCCCUUGGAGGCAGGCAUGAUCGUCAGCGAUGAACCUGGGUACUAUGAGGAUGGCUCCUUUGGCAUUAGAAUUGAAAACGUUGUCCUGGUGGUGCCAGCAAAACCCAAGUACAACUACAGAAACAAGGGUAGUCUGACGUUUGAGCCUCUCACUCUGGUCCCCAUCCAAGCCAAGAUGGUGAACACAGAUCUUCUCACCCAGAAAGAGCGUGAUUGGGUGAACGAGUACCACAGGCAGUGCCGGGAGACGAUUGGAGCAGAGCUGCAUAGGCAGGGCCGCAAGGAGGCUCUGGAUUGGCUGAUCAGGGAAACCCAGCCAAUCGCCUGAAGGCUAAUCUGUGACUGACUCUUAUUUAAUCCAAUGGUAUUGCCCAGGAGUAUGAUUGAUCGAUCGAUCAGUUGAUUGCUCAUCUCAGCAGUGAUUAUCUUUUCUUUUGAUAUUUUCUCUGAGAAGCUACUAUCUAUCGUUCUGGUCUCUGUGUAUUUCACGCUACGCUUAUUUUCUAAAGCACACCAUCCAUGUCUGAACUGUUUUAUGACGAUUAAAUAAAAAUCUCAAUUGUGGAAAAAAUGAA